AUGUCGUCAUAUAGGAUUGUCUAUGAAAAAGCUUGCCAUCUACCAGUUGAAAUAGAACACAAAACAUAUUGGGCAGUGAAGACUUGUAAUUUGCACUACGACUCAGUUGGAAAGCAAAGGAAGUUGCAACUGCAAGAAUUAGAGGAACUGUGUUUGGAGGCCUAUGAGAACUUAAGGAUUUAUAAGGAAAGGACCAAGAGAUACCAUGACAAAAUGAUAACUAGGAAGGAAUUCAUUGUAGGUCAAAAGGUACUCUUGUUCAAUUCUUGCCUCAAAUUCAUGCCCAGAAAGCUUAGAUCAAGUUGGGUUAGACCAUUCACAGUCACAAAGGUAUUUCCUCAUGGUGUAGAGGAAAUCAAGAGCGAUUCCACUAGUAAGAGCUUCAUGGUAAAUGGACACCACUUGAAGCAUUUCUUGCAAAAUUCAGUUUCCCUGGAGGAAGUUGAGGAGAUUGAUCUACACAUUCCUUUCAUAGACCUCAACCACCCUUGUUCUGAGUAA